AUGAGCGGGGCAUCAAUCAAAUUCCAAGAACCAUCAAACCGCUGCGUUGACGCACUCGAUUACAUGGACGAAUGGAUGGGGAUUUCUAAGGCCGACCGGUCAAGGACCAUUCCCAGCGGGGCCUACCAAGCCAUUUCUGCAUGCGUUGACCCAAAGGAGUUCAGAAAUAAUAUGCUUGAUAAGAUGUCGGUAACCGAUUUUGAGAUCAGAAAGUAUAUUUUUGAGAGAAUCUUGUACCCUCUGCAGGAGGCUCUUUCAACCGCCUAUAACAUUGAGACGGGCACUCUGCACAAGGAAAUCUCUCAAAUCAAAGCCGGUGUAACUGGUUCAUUCGACCAUCAGGAUGAGAAGGGCAAAGAAAAGCGAGAUGCAGCCACCGCAUGGCGCACGCACCUGAAUGAUGUGUACGACGUGUUUGAUAAGUGCGAAGAGAGAUUGAAUUCAUGUCAAGGUUUAUCAGACGCGGACAAAAAGGCAACUCGGGCCAAGAUCGCGGUCCUUGAUACCGGCCUCCAGCUUCCGGACAUCCUGUGGGAGAACUACAAAGAGCGAAUAAAUGUCAAGCAAUCAGAAGACUUCGUUCAUUCCAAGGAAUCAGAACCUAAGCCCUACUGGAGGGUUGAUAAUGACGGCCAUGGCUCUCGCGUGGGGCAGAUAAUACUCGACUUCGCUCCUGCAGCCGACCUGCACGUUGCCAAGGUGUUCGAUACUCGAGCCGAUUUGUCAAAUCACGACUUGGUCGAUGAAGUUCACGAACGCAUUGUCAAGGUAGGGUCUGUUGAAGCACUUGAGGAAGUCGCAUAUUAA